UUAGUCCGCUCACCCCCUUUCCUGCUGCACGCCUUACUGACCUCGCCGUCGCAGCUCAACCAAGAGAUCGCCCACCACAUCGAGAGCGACAAAGAUCUCUGCGCCUUCGCUGCCACUUGCCAGGAGACUAGCAAUGCUGUCCAGUCCGACGGCGGAUCAUUCUGGAACCAUCGCUUCAGGGCCAGAUACGCGCUGAAGGCCGGAUCGCACGACAACGAGCAGCUCAAGAAGAAGUACCAGCGCCGUCGUAAGUGGCUCCGACGCAUGAGCAACAUCUCGUUUGAGUAUGGCCACACCGAGAUGGAGGUCAAGUCGCUCGCCGUCAUGUCGGAGCUCAUCAAUGAGUCUUUCUCUGGUCAAGCCCUCUACGACGAGUAUGGUCGCCGCACCUGUCGCAACUUGGACGAGCUCUCCCGGUUCAUCGAGAGCAGCAGCUCGCUGUCCAGGAUCAACCGAGUCUCCCCCACCGGCCGUGGAGAUGUUACUGAUGACACGUACAACUGGACUCUUGCCGCCAUCCAGCUGAUGUACUCGCAUGUCUUGUUCGACACCAAUCGCCUCUGGAACCACGUCUUCGCCUUCGAGCACAGCCAGAAGAUGGUCUACGCCAGCGCCGUCAUGCAACCCAUGUUCACUGGAAUGGACCGCAACUACAUCAACAUGGAGUACAUCCUGCAUAUCAUGAACUUCUUCCGCUACCACAUGAUGCGCGAUGGUGAGAGCCAUGCCUUGUACGAGGCCUACAAGGAGCUGAGUGCGCUGGAGAAGCCGUCCGCUUGGGACCGCAAGCUGAAGCAACAUGAUGACCACAUCGGCGACGAUUGGCGAGGAACUUAUGCCUACCUCGAGCCCAAGGAGAUUUCGCAAAUCCGCUCCAUCACCGGCACCAAGAAGAACAUGAUCUUCAUGGACAAGAACGUCGACGGCAGCAACAACGAGAACCCCAUCCAUUCCUCGCACCUCGACCCCUCUGUGCGCAACCUCUUCUCCACCAUCCUCAAAGCGCACCCGACGCUCAACGAGCCACGCACGCGCGCCGAGCACCGCACGCGCUCACGCACGCCGCCACGCAAGCCGCAGCCCAUCUCGCUCGAGGGCGAGGGCGAGGACGACGGCAAGUUCUACGCGUCGGGCUGGCUGAGCGAGCUGCCGGUGCAGGAGGGCAUCGCGGGGUGGAAGCGCAUGAGCUUCAUCAAGUACUACGCCGACGCAUGGGGCAGCGUCGACACGGAGGCGCUGUGGGGGUACGAGGGCGUCGUGCUGCCGGGGGGCAAGAUGUGCCUGGGCCGGUGGUGGGCAGUGGACCGGGUGGAGCAGGAUGUGGAUGGGGAUGAGAACCUCUACUCCGGUCCGUUUAUCCUGUGGAAUGUGCACCCGAAGAUGGCGAAGGGGGAGGCGUGAGGAGGUGUCGAUGGCUGCGCGAGCUCGGUGGUGGUCGAUUUGCGUACUCUCGACGACCUCCUGCGACUUUUCGACGAGUUAGACUCGACUUCACACCACUUCUCAUCAUCACUCGAUCGAUUGAUAUAUACCGCACUCCGUCCGCAACAGAAAAGCACCCCUCCCUCCCUCAACGACCUUACCUUCACGAAUCUCCUUCAGAUCUAC